AUGUCUAAUAAAAUAAUCGACGCGUUUAGAGUUCUCAACGAAGAAACAACAGAUUUGUAUCUGGGCGGUGAAAUAGUUGAAACUGAUUGUUUAGAACCGCUACAAUUUCAUCGGGAUUAUGUGUCCAAAAAUAUUCCUGUUAUUAUCAGAGGAGGCUGUUUGAAAUGGUCUGCUACACGAAAAUGGAACUCAACAUUUUUCAGGGAAAAGUUUGGAAGCAAAGAGGUCACAAUUGCAUUAACACCAAAUGGCCUAGCUGACGGCAUAACUGAAAAUAAAGAUGGUGUGGAAUAUUUUGUCAUGCCUUUGGAAGUUAAUAUGACUAUAUCUGAAUUUCUAGAUAUGUUAGAUACCCAAGAUGAAAAUGUAAUACCAUAUAUACAGCGACAAAAUUCGAACCUUACACAAGAUUUUAGUGAACUAAUGACUGAUGUUGAAAAUUAUAUUGGAUUUGCAAGUGAGGCUUUCAAUAAGAAGCCCGAUGCUGUCAACUUCUGGAUGGGGGAUGAAAGAGCCGUCACAUCAAUGCAUAAAGAUCCAUACGAGAACAUAUACUGUGUAAUAGACGGAUACAAAGAUUUUAUACUAAUUCCUCCGACUGACUUACCCUAUGUACCAUACAAGAGAUACCCCCAAGCAGAGUUCAAGAGAAAUGGAGAUGAAUGGGAUAUUGUACCCAUUAAUAAAUCACAAGAUUGUAUAGAUUCCGAUGGUGAUAAUAAUAAUGAUAUGAGAUUACCAUGGAUAUGUAUUGAUCCACUUAAACCAGAUUUUACAAAAUAUCCAGAGUUCAAAAAAGCACACAUAUUUAAGGCGCGUCUACAUAAGGGAGAUUGCCUCUACCUUCCUAGUCUAUGGUUCCAUCAUGUCAAACAGAGCCAUGGCUGUAUAGCUGUCAAUUAUUGGUAUGACAUGGAGUUUGACAUAAAAUACUGUUAUUUUAAAAUGUUAGAGAAGUUAUGUGACAAGUAUUAAUAAUGAUGUAUAUAAAUUGUAUAUUUAGCUUUGUUGUACAUUUUGUCAAUGUUAAAUAAAUAAUUCUUAAACCUAGAA